AUGACCCGAGAAAACGUUGUCCCUUCAUGGAUCGAUUCGAUUACCGAUUUCUUGGAAAACAGCAAGCUCCCUGACGAGGACAAGGCCACAAAGGCGAUAAGGAGGGAGGCGGCCAAGUACGUAACAAUACAGGGCCAACUAUUCAAGAGAAGGCUAAACCAACCCUUGCUAAAGUGCCUGCGCCCUGACCAGAUGGACUAUGUCCUGAGGGAAGUCCAUGAGGGUUGUUGUGGCCACCAUAUCGGCGAAAAGGCUCUAGCCCGGAAGCUCGUCAGAGCCGGCUACUUUUGGCCCUCGAUGAUGUCAGACUCCCAGGAGUUUGUCAAGAGGUGCAAGAAGUGUUAA